AUUUAAAAAAGAGUUCACGCAAUAUGGAAAUGUUCGAAACGUUCUUAAGUUCUAUACCGAAAAAUCGUUAUGAUUUUGUUAAUGAACUCGAUAUACCGGAAGUCAGUCUGUCACCUUACGUCUGGACUGAGCACGAAGACUGUUUGAGCACGUCUAGCGACAGCCUGCUCAACAGUCCUGUCGAUGACUCGGAAUCCGCUAAUCUGAGUCUCGACUCGAGCUUACCAUUGUCCAGAGCUAUGACAGACUCGGAAAUCGACUAUGGAUGGUAUAGACGGUUGAAGAACAGAAAUACGCGUGAUCCGUGGGAGGAGUUAAGAACAGCUCUGGACGCGUUUCCACCUGACUAUCUGGAUUCAUUAUACAGUUUCCAAGAACCGCCAUUGUUAACUUCAGAAAUUGCUUACAUUCGCGACCGUGACAUUCGGUACGAUGAAGAGCUGCGCCUGAAGAUGGAGAGAUUCUUUGAUGAAGAGUGUCGGGUGUUUACACCUGACGAUCCAGGACUUUACGAAUUGCAAGAGGCAUUGGAUGAAAUAGAUUUGCAGAGUCUGGAAUCCGAUCUCAACAGCCUCGCUUCGAUCGCAAAGUAAUUUUUAAAUAUGAAAAUUGAAAACCGAUUUACUAUUCAUAUCUUGUAUGCACCACGAUUUAUGGAUUGUUAACUAAAACGCUCAUAUUUUAUAUCGUCAUUAGCAA